AUGUACUUUCGAAACAAAUUAACACUUGUAAUUCGGUGUUAUUAUUAUAUAUUAGCCUAUGUCGAUCGCAGACCGAGUGAAAUCGCAUACCCGACUGGCUUGAAAAUCUUCUUGAUCGUUUUCGCACUCUCUCUUGCAGUAUUCUGCGUAGCCUUGGACAACACGAUCAUAGCAACAGCGAUUCCACGCAUUACUGAUGAGUUCCACGCACUCCAGAACAUAGGCUGGUAUGGGUCUGCCUACUUAUUGACAACCUGUGCUUUCCAACUCUUCUACGGAAAACUAUAUUCGUGUUUUCCUAUCAAAAUGAUAUUCCUCAUGGCACUGUCCAUCUUCGAGCUUGGAUCUGUCGUUUGCGCCACAUCCCCUAGUUCUCUUGCACUGAUCACCGGAAGAGCGAUUGCUGGUUUUGGAUGUGCCGGAGUGUUCACUGGUGGCUUGAUCAUUGUUGCUCAUUCAGCUCCCGUCCAUAAACGACCAGUGUAUCAGGGCAUUUGUGGUGCAAUAUAUGGCCUGGCAUCUGUCGUGGGUCCUUUAAUCGGAGGAGUAUUCACAGACAAACUCACAUGGCGUUGGUGCUUUUAUAUCAAUCUCCCUCUUGGUGCAGUGAGCGCACUCAUUGUCAUCUUCUUCCUAACACUUCACUCGGAAUCACCGUCCAAUUAUAAAGAUCUGGGAUUCCUGGAUAUAAUAUGGCGACUGGAUCCAAUCGGCACGUUACUGUUUGUUCCUAGCAUCAUUUGUGGCCUUCUUGCCCUUCAAUGGGGUGGCACAUCCUAUGCCUGGGACGAUGGGAGAAUAAUUGGUUUAUUCGUCCUUGGUGCUCUUCUUCUCACUGCUUUUGUGGCAGUUCAGCUGUGGCUGGGUGAAAAUGCCACCGUCCCCUCUCGAAUUCUCUUUCAGCGCACGAUUGGAUUUGGUUCUGUUUUUGGUUUUCUUUUAGGAGGUUCCUUCUUCCUCCUCCUGUACUUCCUCCCAGUCUGGUUUCAGGCGAUAAAAGGUGUAGACGCUCUGCAUUCCGGCAUCGACAGCAUUCCGUUAGUUCUAUCAAUGUCCUUUGGAAUCAUGGUCUCUGGUGGGCUUGUCUCAAAGUUUGGCUUUUACAUGCCUUAUGUUUGCGCUAGUUUUGUGGUCACUUCCAUUGCAACAGGACUCCUUACAACACUUACACCAAGCAGCAGCUCCGCAGAGUGGAUUGGAUACCAAGUCCUACUUGGUUUCGGCUGCGGCCUUGCUUUCCAAUUACCGCAGAUCGCAGCCCAAGCAGUCCUCCCACUCAAAGACGCUGCACAAGGAGUUUCUAUCAUAUUCUUUGCGCAGACUCUAGGUGGAGCUCUUUUCGUCAGUAUUGGCAAUACCGUUUUGGACAACAAAUUGGUUCAGUAUAUUAGGAUGAUCCACAUGCCGACAGUGGAUCCUAGCGUGAUAGUCAAGCUGGGUGCAAUUGAGCUGAGAAGCUAUGUCCCAGCACAGUACGUUGAACAAGUGGUGGAGGCAUAUAAUCAUGCUUUGGCCGAUACCUUUCGGAUUUCUUUGAUUCUCGCAACUCUGGCUGCAGUGGGACUGGCUGGUAUGGAGUGGAAGAGUGUACAUUCUCAUGUUGAAGGAGAAGCUAGUGAUGUUUCAGCGACUUAAGAUGGAGUCCAAAUGGAGAGGAAGAGGAG